GGUAAAGUGCGAGCCUACGUCAACAAUGAUGGGCGCGAAGGACUCUCUGCGGCUCCUAUGGACUCGGAUGAAGAAGAAGAUGAUAAUCUCGGAGCACGAUCGCAGCACGGAGUUGAAGCGAUGUCUCACCACCACCCACCUGACCUUCAUGGGUGUGGGCUCCACGGUGGGGGUGGGCAUAUAUGUACUGGUGGGCGUGGCAGCAAAGGAAUAUGCAGGACCUGGGGUGCUACUGUCCUUCCUCAUGGCCGGCAUAGUAACUGUCAUAAACGCCAUUUGCUUCGCGGAGUUCGGCGCAAGGAUACCCAAGACUGGCGCCACAUACACCUACGUGUAUGAGAGUGCAUGUGAACUGCUCGCCUUCCUUGUCGGCUGGAUAGCUCUUGUUGGUUUUCUCACAAGUGGCGCCAUUGCAGCUAGAGCCUGGAGCGGCUAUCUCGACUCGCUCUUCAACAACUACAUCCACGAAACCACAGACCACUACCUUGGCAAGGUCACACUCGGGCCGCCAUUUAGCGAAAAUCUGGACUUCCUGGCAUGCGCAUACGAGAUUGUGGUCAUAAUAAUUAUCUCCCUUGGUGUCCAAGCUUCCGCUUUCAUCAGCACAGUGUUGGCGUGUGUGUCAGUAUGUGUGCUGCUGUUUGUCACCGUUAUGGGGUUGGUUGUAGGCGACUACAGCAACAUCAGUAACACUGAACAUGGAGGAUUCUUGCCGUUUGGCAUCGGUGGUGUGAUGGCAGGGACUGCAGCAUGUUUCUACGCAUUUCAGGGAUUCGACAUUAUUUGCAUGUCAGCUGAAGAGUGCAAGACUCCGGGGAAAUCCAUCCCAAGAGCAAUAUUCUCAGAAUUACUUAUUGUAACACUGCUAUACGUAGGAUCGUCCUGCGGCCUCAUCCUCCUUGUGCCCUACUCACAAAUUGACACCCGGGCUCCACUUCCGUCCGCAUUCGCCUACAAGCACCUCGAGUGGGCGAAAUACGUCGUCAGCAUAGGCCCGACUCUAGGCAUCAGCAAUCUAAAUAUCUUGAACUUAUAUAGCCUAUCAAGACAUGUAUACUGCAUGUCCAGUGACGGACUGUUCUUGAAGGCCUUCCUCAGUGUGAACAGAACUACCAAGGUUCCAGUCAGAGCAGCCGUGGUCAUGGGCCUCCUUGUGUCUAUAUUUGCCCUUCUCUUCGACAUUUCGAACCUUGUCAGCUUUAACGUUAUAUCUAUAUUUCUAAGUUUUGUUAUAUCAAACGGUAUUCUGUUACUCAGUAGACGCGAGGAACCGAGUUCAAGUUCAGGAAAUGAAGAGAAUGGAAAUGUUAAAAUGGACGAACGCUCCCUUCUGUCCAGUGAUGGACCACGAAGGGAACCUCGAUCAGGUUUCAGAGGUUUGGCGGACAGGAUAGGAUUGCAGAAUUUGGUAUAUCUUGUAGUGUUCACGUCUCUGGGUCUAGGACUACAGCUUGUUGGUGGUAUUGACGAUCUCCUUCACAGGAACGUGUUGGCGUUUGUGUGUUUAGGACUUCUCCUGGGGUUACUGGUUUUCCUAUCGGUGCUGAUGGCGACACAAAAAGGGUCGGCGAAACACAACGGCUUCAGCAUGCCGCUGGUGCCGUAUCUACCAAUCCUCUCCAUCGUCAUCAACUUCGUGCUAUUGGUAGCGGCGGUUGACGUCACGGGGGUCGUUGGGUACACCAUCCUUGUUACUCUCGGUUUUGGAAUAUAUGUCGCGUUAGUUCUGUUCCCAAAGACAUCGAGCGACCAGAACUUCCCCUCCGGCAUCGUUGAAGGUAAGCGAGAGGAGGAGACGUCGUUGAUGACGCCCAGGACGACAACUACGACAACUACGACGACUACGACUAAUGUAACUGCUUGUCAUCGGGGUGUGAGUAUGGGUUUGAAUUCCGCUGCAUGA